AUGAACAGUAACGACAAGAAGAAGAAGAUGAAGAAAAGGAAAGCUUCAACCGAUGUCAGAGUUGUUGCUGAGACGGUUGAAACUCGCCAGGUGAAAGGCGAAAUUGGUGAAACAGAGGAAAAGAAAAGGAAGAGUGUUGAGAGUAUCAGCCACAUUGAUGAUUCCAACGGCCAAAAUGAUGACUCGGAAGAAUGCAACGAUUCUAUACCCGAAGAACAAUUUUCAGUUUCUGGAGGAAUUAACAAGAGUGAUGCCGUAACGAAUGGCAAGAAAGGUAAGUCAAAAAAUACUGAAAGAAAGAAAAGAAAAGGCAGCUUGUGUCAAAUCAUGAAACCCUCGGAUAGUUUGCUGGAAACAAGAGAAGAAAUUGCAGAAGAUGAAGUUUAUCAGAUGUCUUCAGGGGAUGAAGAUUACUCUAAAGGAAUGAAAAAAUGGAUUACACACUAUCAUCAGAGUAGACCUGGGCUGAAUGUUCUGCAACAGAGGAUUGAUGACUUCAUAAUGGCUCACGAGGCAAGAGAGGAGCAGGCUAAAGCAGAGAAGCUGGCCCAAGCAGCAGAAGGUGGAUGGACUGUUGUUGUGCAUCAGAAAGGUCGUAAGAAGACGACUGAAGCUGAUAGUGGAAUCGCCGUUGGUUCUGUGGCCCAAGCUGCUGUCCUAGACAAGAUGGGAAAGAAGAAAAAGAAGGAAGUUGGCCUAGAUUUCUACCAGUUCAACAGAAGGGAAGCACACAGAAACGAGAUCAUGAUGCUGCAAAGCAAAUUCGAGCAGGAUAAAAAGCGGAUACAACAGAUGCGAGCUGCGAGGAAAUUCCGCCCCUAUUAACUGCUUACCCCUCGAGUUUCAGAGAUUAUGUUUGGAUUUUAAUUUUUCGCUCAUGCUUGUAGAUUCAAGGUUGAGUUGAGUUGAGUUCUAUGAAUGGAGUUAGAGAUUUAUAGGUUCACUCUGGAAAGCAUUGUUGUAGCUGCUUUACAUGUACCAAUUGGAUGUGAAAAUGUACUGAUUUUAUCUGCGCAGGAACA